AUGGCGUCCCCUCCAUGCUCGCCGUCUGCUGAGUACGAUGAAACAUCCACCUUGGAAGACGUACGAUACAGCAGCAAAUCCGUUCCUCGUAUUUCGUUACACAACUUUGAGGCCCGUGUCGACAGCGUCACGGCUGACAUAGCCGCAGCCGCCAAACAGCACGGGUUUUUCAUCUUGAUCAACCACGCCAUUUCACAAGCAGCCAUCGACGCACAGUUCUCAGCCGUCGAGCGCUUCUUUGCACUGCCCGACGAGAUCAAGGCCAAAACACCCUAUGCGACAUCGUGCAAUGCAGGCUGGGAGCAAGAGACGACGUUCGUGCCGCCAUCGGCCGGCGAGACUGCUGCUGCCAACGUGCAGCUGUCCAAAGAGGCGAGCGGCCAGUCCGACAGCCGGUACCAAAAGAAAAAGGAGAUGUACUGCAUGCAGCUCAACGAGUCGCGCAUGGCAAGGCGGUGGGUAUCCGACAAGGACCUGCACGGGUUUCGGCACCAAAGCCAGUCGUUUAUGCACGCCUGCCACCUCCUUAGCAUGCGGCUCAUGAUCUGCCUAGCACGCGGUCUGGGCUACACCAAGGACAACGGAAAGGACGACCACGUCUUUGCCAAGGCCCACGCCAUGUCACGACAGGGGAUCCAGACCGUACUGCGUGCGCAACGGUACUAUGCCGUGGACCAGCCGCGUCGGCUGUCGUCGCGGGUACCCACCAUGCCGACAAUGCCGACUAUGAAGACAACGCCGACGACACCGACGACACCGACGACACCGACGGCCACGAAGAGCCCUUCCUCGCAGUCCAACGGCUCUGCACACACCCAGAUCGACCGUCCUAGCAGUGCGACACAUGCCGCCUCAGACUGGUCGUUUUUGACGCUGCGGUUCCUGCGACCGGGCCAGAGUGGGCUCGAGAUCUGUCGAGGCCGCAAAACCGUGACACGCCAUACGACGAGCGCCAACGCCGAAUGGACCAAGAUUGAAAUAGAAGACGGCGACAUCGUCUGCAAUGUGGGCGAUCUACUCAUGCUCUGGAGCGACGACCAGUACAAGUCGACGCUGUACCGCGAGCAAGCGCCCAGCAAUCCGGCCGUUGGCGUUUACGGCGACUGCUACAGCCUCGCGUACUGCAACCAGCCCAGCAGAGACUGUGUUCUGCAGGGUCCGUUGCGCAAGUACCCGGCAAUGGCAGCCGGCAAACUGAUGGAUCUGGUGCGGAAGCGCAACAUGGCAGAGCUGGAAGACAAGCGCCGGCGCAAAGAAGUUGCAGAAACGAUUGCGGCGACGUCGGACGAUCCCAGCGCAGUCGCUGGAACGGCCGCAGCUGCAGUUGCUUCGCAUAUGUCGUCAUACAUGGAGUCGUAUUGUAUGUGA